AGCUCGCACACCCACCGAGUCAUUUGACAGUGUCGUACCCACAACGAGGCAGAAAUGGAGUCUGUUGUGCUCGAGACAAGUCUGGGAGACAUACAGCUCGAGCUCUACUGGGACCACGCCCCACGCACUUGCGAAAACUUUGCAGAACUCGCAAAACGUGGCUAUUACAAUAGUGUAAUUUUCCACCGUAUCAUCCCCGACUUUAUGGUGCAAGGUGGCGACCCCACAGGCACAGGACGCAGUGGCACGAGUAUUUAUGGCCAGAAAUUCGAAGACGAGAUACAUCCAGAACUGCGCUUCACUGGGGCUGGAAUUCUAGCCAUGGCCAACUCUGGUCCGAACACAAAUGGCUCUCAGUUCUUCCUCACUCUGGCCCCAACGCCGUACCUCGACGGCAAGCACACUAUCUUUGGGCGCGUAAGUUCCGGAAUGAGAGUCCUGCAGCGCCUCGGUGCUGUCGCCACAGAUGCACAGGAUCGUCCGCGAGAAGACGUUAAGAUCCACAAAGCACGGGUCGUCUGAAGAGUGUAGAGCCGUGCUUCCCACCACUCUCUCUGCUUAUCCACCUGUAAGAAGCAGCACUCCAGUGCGAGCACAUGUGCACAAAAGGGCCUACAUGACGCCUGCUCCUCGCGUACGUCAGCCGUGCGCGUUCCCUCGCGAUUUGCGGUCGAAUCAUUGUCUGGGCCCUACGUAGCCAUGCACACGAGCACACUUGCGCCAAUGGCCUUCCCUAGGCCUGAUAAUCAAUUUUGACUCGUCCUGCG